GUGCAGGGGGUGUUGGCGGAGGACUGGCACGGACGACCCAUGGGUCUUCGGCGGCUGCUUCGGACCGGGGUUUCGGAGGUGCAGGCUUGCGGGGGGCAUCCGCGGCCACAGAGGCUGUGAUGGAGGGUCUCCCUUGGUGGGCGUUGGAGGGAGAGGCGGCGGAUGCCGGAGGUGGUGGUGCCGCCGGCGGAGGGGGAGGUUUCGGAGCUGUGGGCAGCAGCAGCGGUGGCGGCAGCGGCGGAGCGGGGCUGUGGGUGGGGUUCAACCUGGCGGCCGGGAGGGCCCGACUGGGCCAUGAGGACAUCGCGGGUGGGCCGGGCACUGGCCGCCGGGCAGCAGCAGCAGCAGCCGGAGCAGCAGCAGCCGCACCAACGGGAGGGGGCACGGCGGCACUGCGGCAGGGGGCAGCAGCCGCUGGUGUGGGAGGGGCGGCUAAUGUGUGGGAU